AUGAAACAGUUUUUGAAAGAAGGUGUCCUUGGAUUAGGUUGUGUCAGACAAAUUAAUGAACUCUAUAUUGAACUAGAAACGGUAGAUGGUGUAACUGUUACAUUGCCUGCCACUAAUAUAAGCGAAAAAUCAGUGGAUUUAUUAAAAAAUUCUUCAUUAAUGCUUUGUGAUAUCAUCACCAUUGGUCAAAUACUAUCUUUUAAAGUUGUUAAAGAAGCUACACCAAUAGAAAGAAAACAUAUGAAGAAAAAAUUCCGCAAUCCUGUGGUAAGCGUUGAUCCUUGCAUUGUUAACUCUCAUAUUGUGCCUAGUCAGUUGUUUGAUGGGCUUGUUAUGAAUGCAUCAGUCGAAAGCACAGAAGAUAAAGGAGUUAUUAUGAAUCUUGGCCUAAGAUCAUCUCAUAUGAAUGGUUUUUUACCUAUUUCGAUGAUACCUUCGGCAAUAGAUAUUGAAUCGUUUCUACCUGGACAAGUUUUACUCGUUCGUAUAGAGAAAGAUUCUAGAAAAUCAUCUGAAAAACGAGUAAUCCAGUUAUCAGCUAUGCCUGAAGCAGAAAUUUUAAAUUCUUCUAUAGAUAAACUGCAAUUUAAUCACCUGAUGCCGGGUAUGAUGCUUUAUGCCAGUCCUCUCAAAAUUGUUUCUGAUGGAGCCUUUGUUGAAAUAGGCAAUGGUUUGAAAGCAUUUAUUGGCGCUCGUCAUUUGCCUCCUAAUCUAAAAUAUGAUCUUUCAAAGUUCUCAAAAGAACUUCGUGUUGUGGUUACAUUGUGUCAACAGAAUAGCAAUAUCCUUAUGCUUAAUGCCCACCCAGAUAUUAUUGCAGUUAGUAAUGCUCGUAGAAGGAUCAGUUUUGCGAAUUUUGAAAUUGGCGAUGAGCUUUCUUGCAAGGUACGUCGUAUUGAUCGGUCGGGGAACGUUCAUUUUGAAAUUGUUAUGGAUGAGAACCCAAGAAGUCAUGCCAUUAGCGCCUUUUGUCCGAAAAAAAAGUUGGAACCUGUUAGCUAUGCAGUCGGUUCGAUUCACAAUACUCGCGUGUUGUCAUAUCGUAUCUUUGAAAGGGUUUUAAUUGUCGCGACAAAAAAGGAGAUUCUUGCUCAAAAAAUGGUUUCAGUGAAGGAUGCUGUUCCUGGUCAGAAAGUGCAAGCUACUAUUAGUGAAAUAAAACCAGUCGGCCUUUUUGUUAAGAUUUAUGGUAAUAUAUCUGGUUUUAUACCUGCAUGUCAAACGUCGGACAGGAUGUCACAUCGAAUCAGUAAAAACUUUUUUGUGGGUCAAAAAAUAGAUUGUCGAAUAUUGAAAGUUAAUCUUUUGAAAAAACGAAUUAUUUUGACCAGAAAACCUUCUUUAUUAAAUAGCAAAGAUCGAAUUAUCAACAAAUAUUCGUUGGAUGACAUUGGUUUAAUCACAACAGGAUAUAUCUCUUCAAUUCUUUCUAGUGGUGGAAUUCUGGUCAAUUUUUAUGGUGAUGUCCGAGCGCUUAUGCUAUCCAAAGAAGCUGCUCGAUUAAGUAGUAGCGUCAAGAUCGGUUCAACAUUGCAAGUACGGAUACAAAGCGUGGAGCCUGAAAGAUGUCGAAUGCUUGUGACUCUCGCAGAUCCAUUUCUCUCAUCGAAAAAUUCUAUCGUGAAAUUCAGACCAUUUUCGUCCUUGGAAGAAAGUUCGUUAACAUAUCCAGCGGUAAUAAAAGGUUCAGCAAGAUUUAAACUUGGGUUACAGAAGCGUGAGAGAUUGGAUAUCGUUAUAAAUUUAGGAAGAAAAGAGGGCCGAUAUUUAGAAACUUCGUUGCCAUCAGAUUUACUCAGUGAUAAUUUGGAUCCUCCUUUUGAUGAACUUGAUGGCUGUUUACGAACCAAUUCAAAAAUACGGAAAGUUACAAUAUUGGGAGAAUUGAAUGGAUUGGUUAAGGUGACGGCCAAAAGAUUUGUUGUGGAAUAUUUGGAACGCCACGGUAAUAUUAAGAACUUUGAAGAAUUGAUUAAAGGCCAGUUAAUAUGUGGUAUCGUUACUCAAUAUCAUUCUGAUUUGGGUUAUCUUGUCGAAGUUGUUGGUGGAGCCGCAUUAUCUGCUCCCGCUCAUUUCUUGCGUGGAAACGACGAUAACGCUGUCAACGAACUUUUUAUUGGUCAGACAGUUGUUGGAAUGGUAUCUUCGAUUAAUUCCGAAAAAAAAAGAUUUUCAUUAAUUAUGGAUGCGUCUAUGUGUUUUCCUGCGGAUGAAACUGAUGUAACUUAUUUUGGAGUUGCUUUGUUACAAAGCGCUAUCUCGGAAUUACAAUGGUUCGCUGCUAAUAAUGGAAAGGGUGUUCAAUUACCAAAUUUGGGUAGCCGAAUGGAAGCGUUUGUUGCUGCCACAUCAGAAGAUGGAUUGAUUGUGAAUGUUCUUGGUUAUGAAGGAAUUACCGGUGUUGUGAAAAAUAGCAAUUUCCCUUCAGGGGAUUAUGUGGAGAAUCAGCGCUUAGCAGUAGUUGUACUCUGGACCAUUUUUCCAUCCUGUCAACUUUUUUUGUAUGCCCUCAAUAAAACAGAUCAGUUGGAAUCAAACAUCUCCGCAAAAUCUAAAAGCGGUUUGGAAAUCGGUGAGAAAGUCUUGUCUAAAGUCGUAUUAACAACAAGAGAUUUUGUGGCAACCGUAACGGAUUCAGGAAAUGUUGUCUAUUUGCCGAAUAGGUUUCAUCCGAACAUAGUCCCACAAAAAAGCCGUUUUUCCCUCUUUGAAAGCAUAUCAGUCAUUAUCAAAUCACGGGUCGAUAAUUGCUAUGUCGGAUUAGGAGAAUAUGAUGUGCAUGAACAGACUAAUAAACAACAAUGCGCGAUGAAUCAAAAGAUAAAAAAAAAGAUGAAGCCUUUUCUAAUCUACCCUGCAAAGGUGUUAUCACUGUGGAAGCGUGGCUGUAAUUUAUCUCCUAAUUCUAUUGAACUUGAAUUGCCUGAUGGAAAUAUAGGAAGACUUCAUGCGUCGGAAAUUGACGAAAGCCUUCUAGAUGAGGGCUGUCGUCCUGCGGAUGAAUUUUUACGCCUUCACAAAGGUAAAAUAAUUAAUAUUAAAGUUAUUGGUAUUAGCAAAAUUAAGGAAGUUCAACGCAAAGGAAAAGGUAAACUAUAUUCAUCCAUCUCACCAGCUGGUCAGGGAAAGGUGGUAAAAGUUUUGCGCAUAGCUGAAUGUACAGUUCUGGCUUCAAAAUUACGUGAAUGCAAGAAGAAGCAAUCAGUUCUAGGAUAUCCUCAUAGUUAUGUUCAUGGAUCAACAAUUGCUGUUUUCGUGAAAUACAGGCAAAAAGAUGGUGUUUUACGAGUAGAGGCUUCUCCAAUAUGGGAUGGAGUAAUUCGAAAACAAAAUUUGGGUGAAGAAAACUUGAUCGUGAAUCCUGUUGAGGCAACAUCUUCAACCCUCAUAGAUAUUGAAUUUCAACCAGGUCAAGUGUUAAAAGCAAAAAUUAUUGGAGUGAAUGCAAGUCAGAAACGUCAUCACAAGAAAUGCCUAGAACUUUCAUUAACUGAAAGCGAAAAAAUUGCAGCUGGAGAACGUGUCCUUGGAAGAAUCAUAAAUUUGAAUAAAACUCAAAUGUCUGUAAUGUACGAACUUACAAAUGCUCAAAGGGCUAUGUUAACUGCAACAGGGAUGUGCAAUGAAUAUAAACAAGCUUUUAAGCGUCUUCAGUCGCUUCAGCUAAAUGAAGUCAAUUAUAUUUAUUUGCUACGUUUUGAUGAUCAAACUGGCGUUUGGUUAGCUGUGACAGAAGAUCGAUUCAAGUCAAGUAAAUGCGCGAAGCUGUUUUCUCGAAGUAAAUUAAUUAAAAGCCCUGAAGAGCUCUCGGAAAAUUCUAUUAUAUAUGCUUUCGUUUCUAUGAUAAAGAAUGGCAAAGUUUAUGCAGAAGUUGGACCUGGCAUCAUCGGUUUGGUCAGAGGAAAAAAAUCUAAUGGCGACUUUGAAGUUCAUGAAUUAAUAAAAGUUAGAGCCGGAAAAAGUCGCAAAAAUGGCACAUUAAAUCUUCUAUUUUUAAAGUCGCUGAAGACUACUGAGAUAUCUAACGGCGAAACUAAAAAUGUGAAGAGAUUAGGUCGUAAACGAGCAGCAAGUUUAUCCAGUUUGAAUGAAGCCGAGAAAAAAUCAAGAGCCGCUGGCUAUGUUAUUUCACUAUUUGUUAUCAAAUUUUCUUAUAUUUUCUUGAAUUCUCAAGAAAUGGUUGAUCCGGGUUUUGACUGGUCAUUAAAAGGAUAUACGCCUGCGGAUUUCGUAGCAGUUGCUCGAAUCGGUACAGAAGAUUUAGCGGAAAAUGAAGCAUUAAACAAGAAAGCAUCAAAUUUAUUCAGUGCAUCUGGGAAAAUAGAGGGGGAACAACUUGUGAAGGAAAAAGGAGAUUUCAGCAAGCUUCCAAAAACAAAAGAGGAAUUUGAGAUGGCGAAAGAAAAGGCAUUGACUAACCGCGAAAAACGUUUGAUUAAAGGCGAUUUUCUUCCCGAUUCAGCUUCCGAUUUUGAUCGAUUGGUUAUCGGAAAUCCUAACUGUUCUGAACUUUGGAUAAGGUAUAUGUCGUUUUUCAUGGAGAAAAACGAUAUUACAAAAGCGCGUGCAGUGGCAGAAAAAGCACUACAGCUUAUUAACUUUAGGGAAGAAGAUGAAAUUUUCAACGUUUGGACAGCAUAUCUGAAUUUAGAAAAUUCUUAUGGUAACAUAGAAACAUUGAAGGCUGUAUUUGAUAGAGCAAUAAAGAAUACUGAUGCAUUAAAAAUGUAUAAACAGAUGGCCAAAAUAUAUCAGAGCGUUAACAAUGUCGAGGAGGCUGAUAUUUUAUUCGAAGAAAUGCUGAAGCGUUUUCGUCAUGAGGAUUUGGAUAUAUGGCAUUUAUAUAUGCAACAUUUGAUGGAAACAAAAAGGGCUAGCAAAGCUCGCGAUUUAUUGAAAAAGGGAAUCAUUUCCAUUCCUAAAAAGCACCAUCUUAUAUUACUAUGUCGAUUUGCUCAACUGGAGUAUAAAGUUGGUGACGCAGAACAAGGAAAAACUAUUUUUGAAAGCAUAUUGAGCGCAUAUCCAAAAAAAACUGAAAUAUGGACCGUGUAUAUUGAUAUGGUUGUUAAAGUUGGUUUGAUUGAUGAAGCAAGAAAUCUUUUUACUCGAGUCACGUCAAUGAACCUUCCCUUUCAUAAAAUUAAGUUAUUUUACAAAAAGUGGAGUGAUAUUGAAGAAAGAUUUGGAGAUGAAGGGCAACAAAAUUCGGUAAAACGACUUGCAUCUCAUUAUGUGGAAAAUAUUGCCACAAAAAUGAAUUUAUGA